AUGGCCAUCUUGCUGGGAUCGCCGCCCGGCGGCGGCGGUCGAGUGGAGUCGAAGCCCUGGUGUGUGGUCUCGCGGAUGGACAUGAUUCAGGAUGCCAAGGGGGACUGGGUAGGCGUGACCCUGGAGCUAGAGUCUGACGAGGGCCAGGCCCUCGUCCUGCGCCGCCUGCGAGCGGUGAAGGCCUGCGUGGAGGCGCACGGCCUGCGCCUCAUCCGGGCCGCGAUCCAGAACCCGGGCCCCGCCCAGGGAGGGGUGUCGGUGCAGAGGCCCGGGUCGAGGCUGGUGCUGGAGCUGCAGGCCGGCAAGCCAGCCCCCAGGGACGUCCAGGAGGCGGCACUGACCUGCCUGGUCGAGAUCACCCAAUGUUGA